UACUCGUAGACACAAGCACAUUUCAAUCAUGUCAAUGGACAAGAAACUGACCGAAAUGUUUGCCUUUUUUCAAGAUAAAGACAAAAAUGUUGUGGAUGUGAAAGAUGUGCCAACAAUAAUACGUACUCUAGGCCUCGUCCCUUCUGAAGUGGAGAUGCGAAAGACGGUAGCCGCCAUGGUGGGGGAGGAGAGUGCCGACACGGUGCAUCUGGCAGCGUUCCUCACCAUCGCAAAGAAGCUUUUAAUGGACAGAAGGUUCCCCAGCAGCAACAAGGAAGAACUGUCUCGCGCCCUUGCAGUGCUGGCGAAGGAAGGGAAGAACUACCUGACGGAGACGCAGCCCCAGCAGGAGAGCAAAGGGGGAGUCUAUGACACAAAGCGGUCAGGGUUCCGCCCCCGGGCAGCCUGUCCCGCGAUGAGCUGGUGCGCCUCAUGACGUGCGAGGGCGAGGCUCUGACGCAGGAGGAGGCGGAGGAGCUCAUCCUGUCCCUGCCGAUGAAGGACUCGGAGUACGUGGACCUUGACCAGUACGCCGCCCAGCUCGUGCCGCCGCCCAAGUUCUUCUGAGGCGCUCGAUCCCCUCGUUCAGAGGUCUUGAUACCAAGGUCUAUGGAAGUGUUUAUGUAGAUCUUGCUGCGAAGGUGCCGGUCUUGUUUUCUGGACUGACGCUGUGGAAUGUGUCCUGUUUCUGUUAUAAGAAACCACUUCACGGGAAAUUGCAAGGAAUGUUCGACUUUCUGUUACAAUAGUCUUAACAUUGAUAUUUCUCACUGCUUACCAUUCGUUUAUUCAUUUUCUGUUACAAUAGUCUCAAUAUUGAUAAUUCCCACUAUUUACUAUUCGUUUAUUAAUUUAUUUAUAAUGUACAUUUAUUUCCUACUACCUUACACAUUAUUUCUGCCUCAGUGAACAGGGGAUGUAUGUUGCGGAAGUACAUCUAAACCUGGUAAACAUGUACCAUUUUUUA